AUUCUGCAUUGGUUAAGCUUCACUCUGCGCAGACAUCAUCCUCCAUUCAUCUUCUUCUCCCGUUGCCUCCCUCGCAUGUCUGAACGCUCUCUCCUCUAUCGAUCACUUCUCCAGUCACAAGAACAAACGGUUUCGACCUCCGUUCAUACUCGUCUAGCCAUUAAUCUAACAUCUUUUACGACGCUCAUAUGAGAAUCGGUAGCCAAGGUUGAAGGAACCAGACAGCACUACUUGAUCUUGCUUUCCUGGAUAGUUUUGGGAGAUUGCAUGAAAGAAGCAAAGAGACACCCAAGACUGUGAAACUGCUCACUCCCCUUGUCGCCUAUUCCCAAACAAAGUGACCAUUCAGCUUCCUCAGGUAACAUUGUUACGCGGUCAUAGUGUUCUUCUAAUCAUCUGAUGAAUUUUUUGGAUCAUAAGGUCAACGCUUCUAGCUUUGGUGUGAAUUGAUGAAACACAAUGUGUAUAGCUGCAUUCCAAUGGAAAGCUCAUCCGAUCUACCCCUUUCUUCUGUUCCUCAACCGGGACGAAUACUAUGAUCGGUACCUUGGCGUAAAUCUUACAAGUUCAAUUUCUUAUGUUUUAGCUGAAUUAUUAUUAUGCUUCUUCUUAAUUAAUGGAUUGUUUGAGAUUGAAAGGCCGACGAAGGCUUUGGCGUGGUGGGAGGAUGGUGUGAUUCUUGGAGGAAGAGACGUUCUCGCCGGUGGGACUUGGCUAGGCUGUAACCUCAAGGGAAAAAUCGCUUUCCUUACCAAUGUCCGGGAGGUCGUCGAUUUGCCGUCUUCUCAUACCAAGAGCAGAGGAGACCUUCCUGUUCGCUUCUUACGGAGCAAUAAGAGCCCUCGUGAUUUCGCGGAGGAACUUAUGGCAGAAGCUGACCAUUUUGGUGGGUUUAACCUGAUAGUAGUUGAUAUCUGUUCCAUGACCAUGUUUUAUAUAACCAACAGACCAAAAGACAGAGGUGUAUCAGUGACAGAGGUAUCGCCUGGUAUUCAUGUCUUGACAAAUGCAUCACUAGACUCUCCGUGGCCUAAGGCUCAACGGUUACAAAAAGGUUUCAAGUUGGUGUUGGAAGAAUAUGGUGAAUCUGAAAUUCCAUUGGAGUCAGUGGGGAAACAAUUGAUGAAAGACACAACAAAAGAUGAGGAAAGGAACCUUCUUCCUGGCAUCUAUGCACCUGAAAGGGAGUACCAAUAUAGUUCCAUAUUUGUUGAAGCAGAAGAAGAUUUGGUGGGGCGUUAUGGCACUAGAAGUACUUCUGCAUUGGCUAUCAAGAAUUCCCUAGAGGUCAACUUCUAUGAGAUGUGUCUUGAGAAUGAUUUGUGGAAGGAACAAACCAUUUCCUUCAAGAUUGAGAAAUCUCCAACCCCGGCCCAUAAAUUCUAUGAUUCUGUUUAAACUUACUUGGAUUUGUGUUGUAUUGCUAUUAUGAUCAUUUUCUUCUCUUGAUAAUUUCAGGUGUUUGAUGGCAAUCCUUAAAAAAA